AUGGCCUCGCCCACGACCGACCGCUCCUCCCCACCCGUCUCUUCCGCCGGCGCCCACAACACGAUCCCUCCCACCUCGACCGUCACGCACGACACGGGCGCGAGCGCGCAUGCGGGCUCGACGAUCGGCGCCAAGCUGUCUGGCGCAGCCGAGGAGGUCAGGGGCAAGUACCCGCCGAGGGAUCCCAUGCUGCGCCAGAAGUCGCGUACACCCCUCCUCGGUCAGCCCGACGCGCCUGCGCUCCCCCAGUACACCGACGACGACUCGCCCUCGCCCACCUCCCCGCUCCUCGACCCGGCGCGCGAGUCGACCGCCCCUGCGGGCGGCGACGGCGACGAUGAGGGCGCGCCGACACCGCUCGACGCGACGCUCGAGGAGGUCGGCAUGGGCACGUACCAGUGGCGCCUGUUCGUCCUGUGCGGGUGCUCGUGGUGGAGCGACAACGCGUGGCUGCAGUGCAUGGCCGUCAUCCUGCCGCGCGUUCAGCAGCAUUGGGACAUCAGCGACCGGUGGAUCGGCCUCUUGUCGACGAGCCUCUUUGCCGGCAUGAUGGUCGGCGCAUGGGGCUGGGGCAGCUAUUCGGACGCCUACGGUCGAGUGCCCGCCUUUCACCUCACGUUCUGCUUCAGCGCCGUCUUUGGCACCGCAUCCGCCUUUGCGCCCACCUUUGGGUGGCUCUGCUUUGCCCUCUUCUGCCUCGGUACCGGCGUCGGCGGCUCGAUGCCGACAGACGGAACUUUAUUCCUCGAGAACACGCCCAAGACCAAGCACUAUCUCCUCACCGCCCUCUCGGUCUUCUUCUCCCUCGGCGCCAUCUUCACCUCGAUCCUCGGCCUCGUCAUCCUGCCGCCCUUUUCCUGUGCGCCCAAUGCGGGCAAGGGCGACACGCCGGCGUGCGACGUCAAGGUCGAGAACAACGGCUGGCGCUACAUGCUCGGCGCGCUCGGACUCGUCAGCAUCGUCAUGUUCCUCGGCCGAGUCCUCUUGUUCCGUCUGCACGAGUCGCCCAAGUUCCUCGUUGCGUCGAACCGCCCGUCGGCCGCCGUCAUCAUCCUCCAGAAAAUCUCGCGCCUCAACGGCGACAACAAGUCGUUUGUCUUGAGCGACGUCGUCGACGCUGCAGGCGCCGCUGCCGAGGCGCCCGAGGAGGUCGCCGCCGCGCAGGCCGACUCGGACCCGCCCGCCGACGACUCGGACGUGCCGCCGCGACGACCCGCUCGGACCGACAGCGACAACAUCCCGUCGCCGUCGUCGCUCGGCGAGGACGCCGAGGAGGACCUCGUCGCGUUCGCGCUCCCGCCGUCGUACGUCUCGCAGAGCGUGCGGCGGCACCGCUCGACCCGCCCGGCAUGGAUAGACUGCCUGCCGCGAGGCUGGCGCGAGGGCGUCGACGAGUACGUCGCGCGCAUGGAGGACCUGCUCGAGCCCAAGUGGCGCCGGACGACGCUCCUCGUGUGGGCGAUCUGGGCCCUCGCGGCGGCGGGCUACACUAUCUUCAACGUGUUUCUGCCCAAGUUCCUCGAGGCCAAGCUCUCGCACGAGGGCUCGCCGUCGGCCGAGGCGACGCAGGAGGAGACCUUGCGCGACUACGUCCUUUACACCGUCUCGGGCCUGCCUGGCUCGCUCCUCGGCGCCUACCUCGUCGAGACGUCGCUCGGCCGCGCGAAAACGCUCGCCUUCUCGACCCUCGCCACCUCGGCGGCGACGUUCGUCUUUGUGUUUGUCUCGAGUCGCACGGGCGUCGUCCUCAGCAGCAUGGUCGUGUCGCUCGCCGCCACCCUCAUGUACGCCGUCAUCUACAGCCUCACGCCCGAGAUCUUCCCCGUCACGAAGCGCGGCACCGCCACCGGUAUCGCCUCGGCCGUCUCUCGCCUUGCCGGCCUCCUCUCGCCCCUCCUCACCGGCGCCCUCCUCGCCGCCCUCGAGGGCUUCACCGUCCCGCUCCUCCUGUCUGCGGCCUGCUUCGGCGCGACGGCCGUCGCGAGCCGCUCCCUCGACUCGCCAAACCUCCCCCGCUCCGCCGCACAACCCGGCUCGUCGCCGCGCUCGUUCACCAUGGAGGAGCCAGGCGAGGUGCAGGAGCGCGAGAUCGAGGUGCUGCAAGCGAUCUACGGCGACGAGUUCCAGAAGGCCGAGAGCCGCACGGCAUGGAAGACCGUCAACGCGGCCCACGAGUUUCGCGUGUGCGUGCGGCCUGUCGAGGAGGACCUCAAGGACAAGGUGCAGGUCUGGCUCCGCUUCAAGCUUCCUCAGCGCUACCCCAAGAUCGCGCCGACCAUGACCCUCGAGGAGCCCAAAGGCCUUUCUCCUCAGCACCUCUCGCACCUGCUCUCGACCCUGCAACGCGCCGCCUCGUCUCGCCUCGGCGACGAGAUGUGCUACGACCUGUGCUCGCAAGCCGCCGCCUACAUCACCGAGCGCCACAUCGACUCGGUCCGUGGCGUCCAGCCGAGCCUCGAGGACCAGCGUCGAAAACGAGGCGAGGAGCAGGCCAAGGCGACAGAAGAAGCUCAACGACGUGCCGAGACGCUCAAGGAGCAGCGCGAGGCCGAGGAGGCGGCGCGCCUGUCGAUGCUCAUCUCGGAGGACGUGCGCCGCAAGGAGGAGCUGCGACUCGAGCGCGAGCGGCGCGAGCGCGAGUUGGACCGCGAGCGCGAGACGGCGCUUCUCGAGGUGGACUCGAACGGCGAGAAGCGGGUCCGCAUGCCGUUGGCGCUGUCGAGGGGCGAGGCCAAGGCCGAGGUGACGGUGCGCUUUGGCUUCCCGACCGCUGGCGACUGGCUCGGCCGCAUCUUCUCUGCCGAGAUCAUCCCGGAUGGCCAAGCGCCUCAACCUGCGAGCGCCUACGUCGUCGAGGUCCUCGCGCCCUACUUCCUCACGUCGCAAGGCAAGCGCAAGCUCAGCAAGAUCGAGGCCGACCUCGACCGCAUCCACUCGCUCCAGCACCCGCACGUCCUCCCGAUCACGGCCUACCGCAUCGUUCGCUACUCGCCGUCCUUCUUCCCACCCAACUCUCAAGCCCAACGCGCCAUCCGCUCUGGCGAGGGCUGGACCGUCCUCAUCGCCGCGCCGCCCAUCCGCUCGCCCUCGCUCGAACGCCUCCUCUCGACCGUCGGCGAGCUCCGACCCGACCGCGCCCUCGGCUACUUCGCCCAACUCGUCUCGGCCGUCGAGUACCUGCACGCGCACAACGUCGUCCACCGCGCCAUCAAGCCCAAGGCCGUCUUCAUCGCGAGUGACGAGGGCCAGGCCGACGGCUCGGGCGACGCGGGCGGCGUUCAGCUCUCGGGCGCCGGCUGGUACCGCCGCCUCAUCGACCUCAACAAGGCCGAGCCGUGGCUCGUGCAGCCUGCCGACGACGACCUGCCCGACAGCUGGACCUGUCCCGAAGCGCUCGCGGCCCCGUUCACGUACGACCGGUCGCGCGACAUGUACGAGCUCGGCGUCGUGCUCGCUCAGAUGGUGUUUGGCCUGGACGUCGUCCGCAAGUACGGCUCGCCCGCCGAGCUCGUCCGCUCUAUACCUCGUUCUGCAUCGAGCGUCCUCAAGCGCGUCCUGUCCGACCUCCUGCUCACCGAGGGCAAGAAGCGGCCGACGGCGUCUCGACUCGCCGCCCAACUCGCCGAGAGCAGCAGCAGCAGCACCCGGCACGGUCCUCUCGCCCUGUCGACGACGCCGCCCAACGCGCUCAGCGCGUGGAACCAGCUGCACGACGGGCACAAGGCGCUCACGCCGCUCGUCUCGCCGCCGCCGACCCAGCUCUCGAGGAGCGUCGAGGGCCCGAGCGGCUUCUUCUGGCAGCCGAGAUCGUCCGUGUCGCGGUAUCGGGCCGAGUUCGAGGAGCUCGAGUUUCUCGGUCGCGGCGGCGGUGGCCAGGUCGUCAAGGCGCGCAAUCGGCUCGACGGCCACCUGUACGCGAUCAAGAAGAUUCGCCUCCCGAGCGACAAGGCGAGCGAGGCCAAGCUACUACGCGAGGUCACGAUUUGGUCGCGCAUGAACCACCCCAACAUCGUCCGCUACCACACGUCCUGGACCGAGAUUGACGAGUCGUUCUCGGGCUUUGGCGGCGAGCGAUCGGCCGGCCCGCACGGCCAGACCGGCACGACCGACUCGCUCGUGACGACCGAGGCGUCGACGGAGGACGCCUCUUCGGACGACUCGGACGCGACCGACAGCGUCGUCGACUUUGACGAGGACUCGUCGCCGGGCGCCGACCUCGACAUGGACUUUGGCGGCCCAGGCGACGACGACCUCGACUUCCUGUCGGUCGGCCACGCCCAGUCGCACAGCGUCUCGUACCCGAGCAUCCACUUCGGCAACGAGGACGACCCGUCUCGCGCCGGGUCCGAGGAGAGCAGCAGCCCCGUUAUUUCGAAACACGGCUUUUCCAAGAAGGCGCCGACGCAGCCUGCGACCGCGGCGAGCACGCCCAAGCAGACCCGCACGCUCUACAUUCAGAUGGAGUACGUCGAGAAGCUCACCCUGCGCGAGACGAUCGAGGACGGCUUGAGCGAGGUCGACUCGUGGCGUCUACUCUUCCAGAUCCUGUCGGCCAUGCUUCACUUCACCUCGCUCAACAUCCUCCACCGCGACCUCAAGCCGUCUAACAUCUUCAUCGACGUCAAGGGCGACGUGCGCAUCGGCGACUUUGGCCUUGCCGUCAACGAGGGCGGCACCGAGUCGGCCGACGUCUACCUCAGCAUCGAGAACUCGAUGGACGAGUCGGACCUCACGUCGGGCGUCGGCACGUCGCUGUACAUCGCGCCCGAGAUGAUGCAGCGAGGGAGGCUCGAGCGCGCCGUCAAGUACAGCAACAAGAUCGACAUGUACUCGCUCGGCAUCGUCUUCUUCGAGAUGUGGCACCCGUUCAAGACCGGCAUGGAGCGCAUUCAGGUCCUGCACGACUUGCGGCGGCCCGAGAUCAUCUUCCCGCCAACCUGGGACAAGAUCAAGCUUGCUCGCCACACCAAGAUCGUCCAGGCGUGCCUCACGCACAACCCCGAGCUGCGCCCGUCGCCCAAGGACCUCCUGAGCUCCGACCUGCUGCCGCCACGCGUCGGCGACGACUCGAUCGAGGAGACGAUCCGCCUCCUGUCGCAGUCGGGCACGACCCACGCCCAGACGCUCAUCUCGGCCCUGUUCAACCAGUCGGACGAGGACCGCAUGCGCAAGGACUACUCGUACGACUUUUACGAUGGCCAAGGUGCCAAGGUCGACAACGACCCGUACGCUCAACUCGUGCACGACAGACUCAGCCGCAUCUUCCGACAAAAGGGCGCCGUGCAGAUGGACAGCCCGCUCCUCAUGCCGCACUCGCAGAUCUACGCUUCGCGCAAACCCGUCCGCCUACUCGACGCCGACGGCACCAUCGUCUGCCUCCCCUUCCAGCUCAACAUCCCGUUCUGUCGCAUGGUCGCUCGCGACACCUCGCUCACGCGCCUCAAGCGGUGGACGAUCGCGCCCGUCUUUCGCCAAGCAGCCGCCGGCGGGCAACCUCGAGCCGUCCUCAACGCCGCGUUCGACAUCGUCUCGGACGCCGUCAUGCCCGCCAUGGAGGCCGAGUGCAUCUACGUCGUCGAGGAGAUCCUCGAGGCGUUUCCUCUCGGUGGCAAGCCGGCGCACCUCGUCAACCACUCGAAGAUCCUCGACGCCAUCAUCGACAUCUUUCCCGCCAAGCAGCGCGAGGCUGUGUGCGAGAUCCUCGUCCAACACGGUCGGCUGCAGCGUACCUGGAGCAAGACGUCGUCGGACCUGUUCAAGCUCAUCGGCGUCUCGAGGUCUAUGUGCGACCUUCUCGGAGCGCUCAACGGUGUCGGUGACCUCGGCAAGAUGCGCUCGCUCGUCCUCGCGACAGUACCUCGCCUCAAGCACGUCGUGCAGGAGGGCUUUGACGAGCUGCGCGACAUUCUCUCGCUGUGCCAGCACAUGGGCGUCAAGAAUGUCAAGGUCGCGCCUCUUCUCGCCACCAACCACGACCUGCACCGCAACGGCACCAUCUUCGAGUCGCACAUGGUGCGGGGCAAGACGCGUGACGUUGUCGCCACCGGCGGGAGGUUCGACGACGUCGUCUCUCGCCUCGCCGCUCCCGAGGUCCGCUUCUCGGGCCGGUGCCCGCACGUCGUCGGCUUUUCGCUCGCCGUCGCCAAGCUCUCGGUCGCCGCCGCCGACGCCAACGCGACGUCGGGCAAGCACGCCAUGACCCGCAAGGAGGAGCACCUGCGCUCGUACGGCCCGUGGGCCAUCCGCCGGUGCGACGUCUACGUGUGCAGCUUCUCGCCGGGCCUCAUCGACCUGCGGCUCGACAUCGUCAAGGACCUGUGGCAGGCCGGCCUCAAGGCGGACCUUAUGUACGACGACGACUUUCUCACGCUCACGCCCGAGCAGCUCGUCAGCGCGUGUCGCCGCGAGGGCAUCCUGUGGCUCGUCAUCGUCAAGCCGAGCGCGGCAGGUCGGUCCGCCGCCGACGAGUCGGACAUGUCGCUCAAGGUCAAAAGCGUCCUGCGAGGUGCCGAGGAGGAAGUUCCUCGCAGCGACCUGUCGACCUGGCUCAUUAAGGAGAUGCGCGAGCAGACCAUCGUCGACGAGGCGGUCGGCGGCGGCAGCAACGACGCCGUCGCCGAUUCGUCGACCACGCUCGUCGACCCGCCCAAGCCGACCCGCGAGUACAUCCCGCUCCUCGCCGACGACGACGUGCGACAAAAAGGCCGCCACAACAAGCGUACCAUGAUCGCUCACCGAGCCGAGAAGAACAUCGAGGAGGCGGCAAAAGCGGCGUCCGAGGCGCCAGUGUUCGCCAUCGAUAUCGACGGCCUCGCGUUCGAGCGCAUGGCCCACUCGCCCGUGUGGGUGACAAACGACGAGGCGUUCAAGGCGCUCCUGCACACGGCGCCACCCGGCAAGCGCGACUACUAUGCCUCGAUCCGCCAGGCGAUCCAGAAGCAUCGUCGGCAGAAGGACAUCAGCCGGUUCUGGCUCUUUAGCCUGCGCGAGGACCGCUCGGUCCUCAUGAGCUUCUUCGACACGAGCUUGGCCUCGUAGACGUCCUCCUCCCUGUCUCGCAUCUCUCUAUUCCUUUUGUCGAGCUCUCACGAGUGCCCUUGUUGCAAUACUAGCCGUGCCCGAGCC